AUGGUUGUAUGGCAGCGCUGCAGCAGUUCAAACGGUUGGUGCACUGCUGUUGCUGAUGAUGAUGAUGAUGAUGACGAUGAUGAUGAUGAUGAUGAUGAUGAUGAUGAUGAUGAUGAUGAUGAUGAUGAUGAUGAUGAUGAUGAUGAUGAUGAUGAUGAUGAUGAUGAUGAUGAUGAUGAUGAUGAUGAUGAUGAUGAUGAUGAUGAUGAUGAUGAUGAUGAUGAUGAUGAUGAUGAUGAUGAUGAUGAUGAUGAUGAUGAUGAUGAUGAUGAUGAUGAUGAUGAUGAUGAUGAUGAUGAUGAUGAUGAUGAUGAUGAUGAUGAUGAUGAUGAUGAUGAUGAUGAUGAUGAUGAUGAUGAUGAUGAUGAUGAUGAUGAUGAUGAUGAUGAUGAUGAUGAUGAUGAUGAUGAUGAUGAUGAUGAUGAUGAUACUCUACAACUCGAGCAGGUGCAGGUGGUUCUCAUCUUUGUUCCCUUUGCCCGUUGUCUCUUCGGUGCGCCUUCAGAUUAA